AUGGAGGUUGAAGCAUAUGACAAUGAUAGGAUUUACAAGGUGAGAAUUCCGAAGUGGCAUUACAAUCAUAUCAACAUUCUGAAAGAGUUAAAAGAAGGUGAUCAAGUUAUAUUGUUCAAUUCUCGGCUACGGCUAUUUUCAGAGAAGCUCAAGUCUCGGUGGUUUGGGCCAUAUAUUGUAACCGAAGUAUCACCACAUUGUGCUGUUGAAAUUACUUCCCUGAAGAAGGGUACGUUUAAGGUGAAUGAACACAGGCCUAAACCGUACUUUGGUGUAGAGGCUAGUAAUGAUGAUGCGGAAAUAAUCUUUCUCCGUGAGCCCCAUGAGAUAAGAUAUGGCCCCCUGAACGAAGAAAUCGACCGACAAGCAUCCCAGAGAGACUUCCCCUGA